CACACGAUCUACAAGCCGAUGGGCGGUGCGAGGCGGCGUGCGAAGCAUCCAGCCCUGCUCAGCUCAGCUCAGCUCAGCCCGCCCGCCUUGUCCGUCCUCCUGUCUGUGUGUGUGUCUGUAUGUGUGUGUGUCUGUCUGUGCAGCGGGUUGUGCGCAUGUUUGGAUAUAGCGGGAGCAGGUCAGCAGCAUCAUUUCAUGGUUGAUGUCCAACUGGAAGAAGCGAACAGACACGCGUUCAGACCGGAGAUAGCGACAAAUCAGGUGGCAUCAUGAGCAAAGUGCAGGGAGGGAUGAAAUGCGUGAAAUAUCUGCUUUUCGUGUUCAACUUCAUCUUCUGGCUGUCGGGCCUGUUGGUGUUGGCUGUGGGACUUUGGCUCAGGUUUGACCCAGAAACGGUGGAGCUGCUGACAGGUGACGGUGCCCCCGACACCUUCUUCAUAGCUGUGUACAUCCUUCUCGGCGCAGGAGCGUUGAUGAUGAUCGUCGGGUUCUUUGGAUGUUUCGGGGCCGUGCGCGAGUCUCAGUGUCUUCUUGCAUCGUUCUUUGCCUGCCUUGUGAUAAUCUUUGGAGCAGAGAUCGCCGCUGGUGUGUUUGGAUUCAUAAACAAGGAACAGAUUGUUGAGGAAGUGCAGAAGUUUUACAGCAGCUCCAUCGCCGACGUCACCAAUGCCAACGGCACUGCAAUCGCUUUAAUCUACCACAAAACUCUGAACUGUUGCGGAGGCUCCACAUCAGACGCGUCUACAACCCUCUGUGCAGACGCUCCAGAGGAAACCGAGGACUGUCUCACUGCAAUAACAGACUUCUUCAACGAGAAGCUUCAUAUUAUUGGAUACAUUGGGAUCGGCGUUGCGGGAGUCAUGAUCCUAGGAAUGAUCUUCAGUAUGGUUCUGUGCUGCGCCAUCAGGAACAACAGGGAGGUGAUAUAGACGGUGAGUUGCCCCCCUCCCCACCAGCCGGCCCGCCACACGCUCACUGAUCCCUUCAUAAUCACCUGCGUCAGAAGGGAAACACCAAAGUUACAUCUCAAAGUCAUUUCUCAUAGUCCAGAGUGAUCUGGUGGGGAGGUUCACCGAGCAGCACAGAGGGAGAGUACAGCACGUCCCAGUUGUCCCAGUUGUCCUCGGGCCAAAUUCAACACGACACGCUGGAUCGUUACCUUCGCACCUUCUCCUCGACUCCACCAGCGCACCAAACUUAUUUCGCCGUUCUUCUCCGUAACACACUGCUCCGCUUCCAUCACAACCCUGUCACAUUCCUCGGUUUUAACACGUUUCUGUUUCGUUGCUGACGCUCCACGGAGGCAACAGUGCUGCGCUGUAGCUCCAACACAGCACACCAAGCCUUCUCUGACACAAGAUUGUUGGGUCUGAGGAGUAUCGCUGUAAAUACGGGCACCUAUUUUAUGCACUUGGCUGUUAACAUUAUUUAUCGUGCCCCUUCUUGCUCUUUUUACGUAAUUUAUAGGCCUUACGCCAAUCAUACUUUGUGUGCUUAAAUGUUUUGAGGACUGUUCUACCUUUGCAAAGUAAAUUUCCAUGAUGUGCCUACUGUAUAUUUAGCCACACAGCGAAGCUUCCAGCUGCUGUGCUCUCCACCCACUCCUCGUGAUUUGUAUAUGUACAUAAUGACCGUGCUUGAUCCCAGCCACCACUCUCAAGUAUUUCUACUUUCAAAGCACAACAGAGGAAGUGUGGACGCGAUAUCAACCCAAAGGGUUAGAAAAAGGUCUGAUGACAAACUGCCACUCCAAAAUUCAUCUUAAAGGUCAUGAGUAACACUUCGUCCUGAGCUCUUCUGGAGCGCGUGUGAACUGUAACAGUGAGCUAGUUUUUUGCAUUUUGUGUGAAUUAUUUUUGGAUGUAAAUUUUGUUGGUGUGCCAAUAAGAUGUGAAUUAUAGAAUAAUAUAGUUUAUGUCAUACUGUUAACCAUAAUAAAAAAAAAACAAUACUGGGUGCUAUUA